GCCCGUUUCGCAAGAGCCGCGCUGAUUGGGCGCAGCGCGGCGGCGCCGAUGGAAGCCUCGUGCUGAUUGGCCGCGCGCCGUCCCCUCACGGAGAGCCGAGCAGCGGGGCCGGCGGAGCGGGGCCAUGGCGGAGCCGGGCUGCGGGGAUCAGUUCCAGGCGGCCGUGCGCGUCAUCCAGGGGCUGCCCCGGAGCGGUUCGUACCGGCCUUCCUACGAGGAGAUGCUGCGCUUCUACAGCUACUACAAGCAGGCGACGGCGGGCCGCUGCCAGGGUCCCCGGCCCGGCUUCUGGGACCCCAUCGGGCGGUACAAGUGGGACGCGUGGCACAGCCUGGGCAGGAUGAGCAAGGAAGAGGCCAUGGCCGCGUACGUGGCCGAGAUGAAGAAGGUGGCCCAGAAGAUCAUCGACACGGUGCCGCUGGACGAGACGACGCAGGAGAUGUUCCGCUACUUCGAGCCGCUCUACGAGACGAGCAGGAGCAGCCGGCUGAGCACAGCCAGGAGGAGCGAGCGGGCGGCCCGGCCCCGGAGCGCCUGGAGGACGCGCUGCCCGGGGAGCAGCAGGACGGGCAGCAGGCGCCAGGUUGGUCUCCCCGGUGUGGCCAGCACCCGGCAGAGACCCCACGGAGGAGGCAGUGGCGACGGGGCCGGGCCGAGCCUCCGUCCCAACGCAGAGCUGUUGGCUUCAGGAGCAGGGCUGGCUCCUGCUGCUGACACGUGCCAGGGCAGCCAGGGCACCAGUGACUCCGAGGGGGAAGUGUUCUGCGAUACCAUGGAGCAGAUGGAGCCUGAGCAGGCUGGGCAGCUGCUGGCCGAGCGGGGGCUGUCCCCCAAGAGCGUCCCGGCCGGGCGCGUGGCUGGGCGGGCAGAGCGGGGUGAAGGCAGAAGACGGGAGGGGAGCGGCGGUGCCAACCUCGCAGCCCUGGGCUCUGACGGAGCUCCGUGCUUCCCCUCCAGGACAGAUCCCCAUUAUUGUCCCUCAGUGUGUCUGAGGGCUGUGCUGAAUGCUCUGCAUCCUUCAGCUCCGGUACCACGCGGCCCCGCCAGCAGCGUCUGCUCGGUGCCCUUGGAUACGGGUGUGCCAGAUCCUCAGGUUGCCAGGGCAGAGCAGGAUGCGGGGACCCCCCCUGAGCCCACGGCCGUGGACCAGUGGCUGCUGCCGGAGCUGGACGCCCACGUGGCUGGCACCGUGCGGGCCCUGCAGGACGACAUGCAGCGCGUGCUGGAGCGGCUGAGCGAGCUGGAGCUGCUCACCUCUGUGCAGGGCCGAGGCCGCCCUCGAAUCUGCCCCAGGUCCUGGUUGCAUCGCAGGACGGGGACGCGGUGGCCGGAUGGGGUGCCCAGCCCUGGCUGUGCCCCAGAACCCCUCCCGUCUUGCAGGACACAUCUGAGACCGAUCCCGGAGAGCCGCUUGCUGUGCAGGCAGCGUCCCCGUGGCCCCUACCCGCGUCCCCGCACACCCUCCUCUUCCUCGUGGCCUGGCCCUUCGUCACCCAGUGGCUGCUGCGCCGCUUGCGGGGGAGGAAGAGGUGACACGUCCCCAUCGCGGCCUCCCAGCGCCCCACGGAGCCGCCACCGUUCCCUGUUCUGCUGCUCCCGCACCGCGAGGGCCGCCCCGCUGCCAGCUGAGGGCGGCACAGCCGCGGGGCCCCGGCCGCUCCGUGCUGCCGAGGAGCGCAGCCGGGCUGGGGCCGCAGGGCGACCCGCGGGGGCAGAGAUGGCAGCGGGGUCGGGGCGCUGCCGGGCGGGGGCUCGGCCCUGCCCCCCCGGAUUAAAGUUGCCUUUUCAGUGCGGUUCUGGCUGUGUGUGUGCUGCCCGGGGGGGGGCACCUGCGGGGACGCCCCGCCACGGCACCGUCCCUUUGUCACCCGGCCGCGCAGCCCCCGCGGGCGCCGAACGAGGCCGGGGCGCUGCAGCCGCACCACCCGUGCAGAGCCGGGCCCAGCGCCAGCCCCGGCCCCCCCGCUUCGGUUCGGUUCGGUUCCCCUGCACGUGACACCGUCGUAGCGCGACGCCAUCGGGUGCAGCGGGACCCCCCCCUCACACCCGGUGCCGGCUCUUGAGGGGUGGCAGUCAAUGGCCCACACCCCCCCCCCCCGGCGGUUCUCCGCCCCCGGGGUCCCCAUUCCACGCUCCUGGAGCUCCCGCUCCCACCCUCCCCCACUCUCCCUCAAAAAAGGGACGCGGCGCCUUUAAGAUGGGACUCGCUCCGCUCGCGUUUGUUUACAUCUCCCUCCGCGCGGCCUGGGCGCAUCGCACAGCGCCCGUUCCGUGAUUCCUCCGCCCGAGCACCCCCCCACACCACUCCCUUCUUUCUCCCUUUGCCCCCUGCUUCUGUCCCCCGCUCUCCCCGCUCCCCGUGCGGGCUCCGUGGAACGGUCCCGGGGCGGUGACGGUCGAAGCACCGCUCCGUGCCCCUCCGCGCGGCGCGGACUCGUUCGGGCCGUACCAGGGCGGGGCGGGGGGGGGCGGAGCGCUGCCCUCAUUGCGGCGCUGAAGGUCGCUGAGCCGCGCGCCUGCGGCUCCCCCCUCCGCGCGUGGUACGGACCCGUCCCGCCCCCUCUCCGCUAUUGGCCGAGCAGCGCGAGCGACGUCCCGCCUCGCCACUCGGCGCUCGGCUACCCGAACGGCGAGGGGGCGUGUCUAAGCGGUACGCCCCUCCCCUCGCGCGCGGUGAUUGGCUGUAGGGCGGGGCACGCAGCGCGCCUGCGCGGGGCGCGCGCAGCUAUAUAAGGCGGCGGAGCGGGAGGGGAGCGGCAGUCGGGAG